AUGGCAUUCAAUCGACCGAAUACCCUUUCGACUCUCACAUUAGAGGACGAAAGAUAUCUCAACCAAGAUCUCAGCCCCCAGUCCCGUCCAAUGGAUAUGUUCAAAGGAUCCGAACUCCUGCCAGGCAACUGGACCUAUGGCUGUGCAAUCGACCUUUUCUCUCUGAACGCAACCGAUAUGGAUCCCGUCUCAUUCGACUUUGCCAGCAGCUUGACAACCGCGGACACCAAAGACCUGUUCAUGAAUCCAUUCGGAACAACAACUGCCAUCGAUGGAUUCACGAUGCCCAUUGCCGAGGACGCAGUCUCUCUGUCAUCGGACCUAGACAGCGACGAUCAGUCCUGGUCAAUAGGGAUGCGCCAAUCCAUCGACAUGGCCAUCCACGAAGAACCCAUCAACAAACCGUCCAAACCCAACACCCGCAGCUCCUCCCAACGCACCUCCUCCUCAUCGGCCUGGUCCUCCAGCCCCGAAAUCAAACCCCAAGAAUAUCUCACCCCAACACCAAAGACAACCGGUCGGAAGACCCGCAGCCUCUCCCACGACUCCAACCGCUCCUCAAGUCAAGACCCACAAAUACGCAAUGCAGCCAAACGAGCCGCUCACAACGUGAUCGAGAAGCGUUAUCGCACAAACAUGAACGCCAAAUUCCUCGCCCUGGAAAAAGCCGUUUCCCCAGCCGGAGCCGCCAAACAAUCCAGAGGCGCGGGCUCGCUUAAGAAAUCCGAAAUCCUAAGCAACGCCCUCUCAUACAUCGAAAGCAUUCAGCAAGAAAGCGCAGCCUUGAACAAGGAACUCGCUCUCUUGAAACAAAACCUCCUGCCCAGUGCAAUGUGGCGACAGAAUCAGCACCGUGCAUCAGCGUGA